UCAACCAGUUAUCCAAUCUGUCAGUCAGUUUCUGUCAUUCGCACGUGUAGCCCGGAGAAAACCGGGAAAGCAUAAAUUCGAUCGCGAUAAUAUUUGUGUAAAGUUAAAUUAAUAAAUUGUACGUUUGAAUAAACUUAACCAGAGAGGAAUAUAAGUCUUGAGAUUAUAUAGAAAAAGGAAGAGAAGAACAAUAUCAUCAUGGCUCAUUCAUCAGGUUCUGCAGGGAACUUAAAAAAUGGGAUUAUUGAUUUCACAGGUGGUUCUUUAGGUGGGGUAGCUGUAGUCUAUGUGGGACAACCACUUGACACUGUUAAAGUAAAGAUGCAAACUUUUCCACACCUCUACAAAGGAAUGUAUGAUUGUCUGAAACAGACUCUACGUAAUGACGGAGUGUUCCGAGGACUGUACGCAGGCACUACUCCUGCGAUCAUGGCUAAUGUUGCAGAAAACUCAGUACUAUUUGCUGCUUAUGGUUACUGCCAAAAGUUUGUUUGUCGGCUUAGUGGAGUUGAGAAAGUGGAGGAGUUGUCGGCCCUGGGUAAUGCGUCAGCUGGUUUCCUAGCAGCCUUCUUUUCUUCAUUCACACUAUGCCCCACAGAAUUGAUCAAGUGCCAGCUUCAAGCGCUGCGGGAAGUUAAUGUGCAGUCUUCACAAACAGUUGUGAAGAUAUCACCGCUGCAGCUUACACAGCAGAUAUUCAGACAGUAUGGUGUUCAAGGCCUCUUCCGUGGUCUCGUGCCAACCAUUAUGAGAGAAAUGCCAGGAUACUUCUUCUUCUUUGGAGGAUAUGAAGGCACUAGAGAGUUAUUAAAGAAACCAGGCCAGAGUAAAGACGACAUAGGAUUCGUAAGAACGAUGAUAGCCGGCGCAGUGGGUGGGCUCGUCCUGUGGACUGUAAUAUUCCCCUCAGACGUUAUCAAGUCAAGAAUACAAAUAUCUAACAAAAGUCAAAAGUUUUUGACCGUCGGAUAUGAAAUUGUACAGAAAGAAGGUGUUCUGGCGCUAUACAACGGACUCAAACCUACCCUAGUGCGAACAAUACCAGCGACAGCUGCCCUCUUUGUAGUCUACGAAUACUCCAAGAAAUGGAUGCACCAGUCUUUCGGAGACUAACCCUCAGCAAUUCAGGGCCAUAGUAAAAUUACAAUAUAUUUUUAUAAGUUAUUUAUGAACUGAUACUUAGGUAGCUAGGAUUAUAAAGAGUGUUGCUCGUACAUUCCAGCACCUGAUAAACAAUUAAUUACCUAGUUCAAUUUCUUUGAGUGACUUAGGACCGGUGUCACCUCUGCUAAUGGUACUGUUAGUUUAAACAGAUUUCGAUGCAUUUAAAGAAUGAUCCGUCUAGUUUAGAACAAUAAAGUAGUGGCGAAACAGUCUAUAGGUAGAUAUUUAAAUAAUUCAACAUGAACGGAGCCGAAACUGCUCAAGAAAUAGUGAAAAUUGAUUAUGCGAUGUGUUUUAAUUUCCUCUACCGGAACCCAUUUUUUCUUUUGUGAGUUUGACGUGAGAAAUAAUAAGAUGUAAAGUUGACUUAAUAUAAUAAUUUUAUAUAGGUUGAUAAUAUUCUGUGCGUUUAUCUUCUUGUUGUUGCAAUUAAAUUUUAUACGAUUGUUAUUUUAAUGUAAAUCAGGUGAUGUGGGCAAAGGGGCAAUAUUCGUGUUCAUGAGCCAGGUGGGCUCAUCGUGAUUAAAAAAAUUAGUUUGUAGAAUAAUUAUACAAAUAAAUAAUUGUUAUUAUUA